UGGUUACGCUAGCCACUGUAUCUAGAUUAUUGAGUUUAAUUUGAAUUGACCGGUCCAGUAACACAAGAAUGUUGUUGUACGGGGGGAGAAACCGUUGACUGGAACGGCAGAGCAAGGAUGAGUUGAAGGCCAUCGAUUUUUUCAUGCGAGUUGUCCAGUCGUCUUUUGUUUGUGUACCUCUUCGCUAGUGCAUUUGCGUACGUCAACCUUUCGGAAGCUUAGAUGUUUCGGAUGAAAGUGCGGCGUGGUUUUAUCAGAUGUAUAUUUGCAGCAUAUAAAUGCACUGGGGAGAUGGCUUCAUUCAGAGAGUUUACUAGCGUCCUUGUGGUUCCGUUUAGAAGAGGAAGGUAGACAAAGCUACCAAUGAUGCCGCGGCUGUGUCAUUUGGUAUAAAGUAGUUACCCACUAAUUUAUUACCUAUAAUACCUCAAAACUAACACCACAAUGCAUCCCUCAUCAAAGCGAUCUUCUCCAUUCUGCUGGUACCCGUCAGCCUCUCCCAUCUCCACAAUUGUUGCAACAAUAGUUGUACUGACUCUCAUUGGACAUGGAUUUGCAUAUCUGAUCAUUGUAACAGAGGAUGAACCACCUGGUCAUGUGGUGUUCAAUGCUUCAUUACCACGUCUUGGGAGGAACAGACAUUACAAGAUCAAUACCCACCGGAGUGCUGGUUUUGUCCAUCGAAUACUUCAUGUCGAUCCCACCAGUGGUCAAGUUUUCCUGAAAAGGCACUUGGAAUGUGAUGGUUUAUUGUAUCCAAAUCUCUUCACACUGUAUGUUGAUUCCACAGCAAAUGAGACUUGUGGAGUUGAUUAUUAUUCACUGUCAUUGAGGAUCUUUGUCACUGGUGAACAGUGUGAAAAGGAAGGUGAUCCAGAGAGUGGAGAGCUCAGUAGAAUUCAUGUGAAAGUAUCUGAAGCUAAGAGAUGGAUCAGUGAAACAUUUGCUUCAUUUGCAAUCCCUGGCACUGAAGGAUGGAGGCAGAUCUGCUUAAGAAAGAGUCAAUUUAUAAACAGUAUUGCAUCUUUCCUACCUUUGACUGUUAUGGAGAAGUGCCAUGUUCGCUAUGUAGAUGUCAGUGAUCCAAGAUUCAGAAUAGAAACAAGAGCUGGAGAUUUGGUAUCGUCUGCAGAUCAGUGCAUUGUAGAACCCCUUUGGAAGGUGACUAUAUUACUGGAACUUUAUUGCAACACAAAUAUAAAACAUAGUAAUCGCAAGCAUACAAAAUUUGGUAUAGUUUCAUCUACAGAGCAUCGCCUAAAACUUGUUUACCAUCACCAAGAUCUGAAUGACACUGACAUGGCUCACAGAGUGCGAAGGGAACUCAGGAAUCAGUCGCCUUACUUUGAACAAACUUUGUAUGUGGCCUCUGUGAUGGAAGAGAGGCCUCCUGGUGCAUUGGUUACUACAGUGAAGGCCAGGGAUCCUGAAAACUCUCCUGUUAGCUAUUCCAUGUUGUCACUCUUGGAUUCGCGCUCACAAGGGAUGUUUUCAAUAGAUAGUGGUACAGGUGUCGUCACUACACUCACAAGCCUGGAUCGGGAGCUCGUUGAGCUACAUUACUUUCGUGUUACUGCUGUCGAUGACUCAUUUCCACCAAGAAGUGGCACCACUACAUUACAGAUCAACGUUCUUGACGCAAAUGACCAUGCUCCAGUAUUUGAGGCCGGUGAAUAUGACGCAUCAGUCCGAGAAUCUGUUUCUGUCGGAUCCACAGUUGUGACUCUGAAAGCCACUGAUCAAGAUGUAGGGCGUAAUGCCGAGGUUGAAUAUUCCUUGGUAAGUCAAGAUGGAAGUGGUAUUGGAAAAACCGAUUCAGAAUUGGAGGAUGCUUUUCGCAUAGAUCCCAAGUCAGGUGUCAUAACAACUCGUUCUGCAUUGGAUCGUGAGAGAAUAGAAGUGUACACAUUGGUUGUUAUGGCAACAGAUCAGGGUCUGCCCUCAGCGGGAGGUCAGCAGUCAUCAACAUCAACAGUUGUAGUGCGAGUUAUAGAUGAUAAUGACAACUAUCCACAGUUCACUGAACGGACAUACACCGUACAAGUGCCAGAGGAUGUUAACUGGAGUGAGAACCCUGUCAUUGCUACUGUCAAAGCUGUGGAUGCAGAUCAAGGCAAUAAUGCAGCUGUACGUUAUGCCAUUAUUGGAGGCAACACCCAGAGUCAAUUUUCUAUUGAUAGCCUGAGUGGGGAGGUGUCACUGGUGAAACCGCUAGAUUAUGAGACGCUUCGAAGUUACAGACUUGUGAUUAGGGCACAAGAUGGUGGGAGUCCAAGUCGCUCCAACACAACACAGGUGCUGGUGAAUGUCUUGGAUGUAAAUGACAAUGCUCCUAGAUUCUACACUUCUCUGUUUCAAGAGUCUGUUGUAGAGAGUGUUUCCACAGGAUUUAAUAUUGUUAGGGUACAGGCAUAUGAUGCAGACGAGGGUGAGAAUGCAGCUAUUCAUUAUUCAAUUGGACCUCGUGAUGAAGAUGGCGGUUCAACAUCAGAGCUCCCUGUUGCAGUGGAUGAACGGAGUGGUUGGAUCCAUACCACAAGGGAACUUGACAGGGAAGAACAAGCCAGAUAUCAGUUUCAGGUGUUGGCAGUUGAUGGAGGCAAGCCUCCGAAAAGUGCGACAGCAAACGUAGUGAUCACUGUUCAGGAUGUGAAUGAUAAUGACCCAGUGUUUGAACCCAAACUGUAUGAGGCUGUGGUUUCAGAAGAUGAUCCUCCAGGCACUCCAGUUGCAAGUGUUUCAGCAACUGAUAGAGAUGAGAAUCCAAGGUUACACUAUGAACUGACUGAAGGCAAUGUACGUGCAAGAUUUGCAGUCACAUCACAGAAUGGGCAUGGUCUUGUAACAAUUGCUCAGCCACUGGACUACAAGCAAGAGAAGCGUUUUGUCCUAACGAUCACAGCUUCAGACUCUGGAGGUCGCCAUGACACAGCUACCUUAUAUGUGAAUGUAUCAGAUGCCAAUAACUAUGCACCAGUAUUUGAAUCUGCUCCAUACUCAGCAUCUGUGUUUGAGGAUGCUCCAGUUGGUACUACUAUCCUGGUUGUUGCAGCAUCUGAUGGGGAUGUUGGUCAGAAUGCUCAGAUAACAUAUUCUCUUGGAACAGUAGACUCUUCAUCAACUCCUGAAUUUACCAUUAAUCCACAGACCGGUGCUAUCAUUACAACAAAAACCCUUGAUCGAGAAACUGUUGGUGGUUACUUGUUAACUGUUACUGCUAGAGAUGGUGGCAUUCCUCCAUUAUCAGAUACGACAGAUGUAGAGAUAAUCGUUUCUGAUGUCAAUGACAAUGCUCCGGAAUUUCGUAAACCUUCAUAUGUUGGAUCAGUUCCUGAAGAUGCUUUGGUUGGCACUAGUGUUGUGCAGAUAUCUGCUACUGAUGCUGAUAUGGGCCUUAAUGGAAGAAUUCGCUAUGCUUUGGCUGUUGAGAGUUCUGGUGAUGGAAGUUUUGUUGUGGACCCAACAUCUGGAGUGAUAAGGACAGCAAAAAUAUUGGAUCGUGAGAGUGUAGCUGUAUAUGAUCUAAUAGCUUAUGCAAUUGAUAGAGGGUCACCAAGUUUAAGUGGGUCGGUAGAAGUCAGAGUGAAAGUUGAGGAUGUGAAUGAUUCACCUCCAGCAUUUGACAGUGAUAAAAUUGUGAUGUACAUCGCUGAGAACUCGCCAGUUGGAUCAACAGUUGGGGAAAUUCAUGCACGUGAUCCUGAUGAAGGACCUAAUGCAGUGGUGCAGUAUUCUAUCAUCGGUGGUGAUGACAGCAACAGUUUCUCGCUUGUAACUCGGCCAGGAAGUGACAAAGCUGAACUUGUGACCAUGGUGGAUCUUGAUUAUGAAUCCUCUCACAAAAAAUAUGAUCUGGUAGUAAGAGCUGCUUCACCACCACUCAGAACUGAUGCCCAUGUGGAGAUUCUAGUGACAGAUGUGAAUGACAAUGCUCCAUCACUUCGUGACUUUCAGGUGAUAUUCAAUAACUUCCGUGACUGUUUUCCUUCUGGACCAGUUGGACGUAUCCCCGCUUUUGAUGCAGAUGUGUCAGAUCAGUUACACUACAGGAUACUCUCGGGCAAUAAUGCAAAUCUUGUUCAUCUGAAUUCUAGUUCAGGAGAAAUAAUGUUGUCUCCUCAACUCAAUACAAAUGUUCCAAAACUGGCAACCAUGGAAGUAUCUGUCACAGAUGGUGUAAAUGAAGUGAAGGCACUGAUGCAGUUGACAGUUCGUCUGGUCACGGAGGAGAUGCUUUUCAACUCUAUCACAAUUCGUCUAGAUGACAUGACAGAGGAGGCUUUCCUUUCUCCGCUAUUGACAUUUUUUAUUGAAGGCUUGGCAGCCAUCAUACCAUGCCCAAAAGAUAGCAUUUUUGUCUUCAGCAUACAGGAUGACACUGAUGUUAAUGCCAAAAUACUGAAUGUGAGUUUCUCUGCUCGAAGGCCGGAUUUGAAUGAGGGGGAAUUCUAUUCUCCACAGUUCCUUCAAGAGAGGGUAUACCUUAACAGAGCAAUUCUAGCAAGACUGUCAACUGUGCAGGUGUUACCAUUUGAUGACAAUCUGUGUGUUAGAGAGCCAUGUCUCAACUAUGAAGAAUGUCUCACAGUACUGAAGUUUGGCAAUGCAUCAGGAUUUAUUUCCAGUGAUACAGUCCUUUUUCGACCCAUUUAUCCUGUCACAACAUUUGCCUGCAGAUGUCCUAAAGGAUUCACAGGUUAGUUACUUUAUUCAGAGCAUGGCCAUUUAAAACUAUAACAAAAUAUAUGCAUAUAAGAAAGCUGUCAACAAAACGGACGAUGCAUCCGGGAAAACGAUAUUACCGAUGAAUCUGUUCAUUAUUUUGUAGGGAGGAACUGUGAGAUAGACAUGAACCUGGACACUUGCCAACCUGGAAUAUGCCGUUCUCAUUCCACAUGCUCUCCCCUUGUGAAAGGAGGAUUCCUAUGUGAAAAUUGUUCUCCUAGUGGUGGUUCUGAGCACUACACGAAACUCUGUGAACUUCGGAGCAGAAGUUUCUCCAAGGCUUCAUUUUUGACUUUCCCAUCCUUAAGACAGCGUCAUCGCCUGCACAUUAAAUUGAGGUUUGCCACUCAGUCUGACUCUGGGUUGCUCCUUUACAAUGGCCGUUAUAAUGAGAAACACGACUUCAUCGCACUGGAGAUUGUUGGUGGUGCUAUACGCUUCUCGUUUUCUCUCGGGUCCAAUGUCACUACUACAGUGGCUUCACUGCCGGGCAGAGUGAGUGAUGGGAACUGGCAUUCCGUCACUGUGCAUUACUUCAAUAAGAGUGCAACAGUGAGUAUUGAUGAUUGUGAUACAGCGCUGGCAACAAAAUAUGGACCCCAGCUUGGUUCUGAGUGGGCAUGUGCCAAUACAAGCGUACAGGUUCUUGAGAGCAGAUGUGCAGUAUUCACCGAGACCUGCCACAGGUUCCUUGACCUCACAGGACCAUUACAGAUUGGGGGCCUUCCUUCUUUACCUACUAAUUUUCAGGUCCAUACUAAGGACUUUGUGGGCUGCAUCAGUGACCUGUAUAUAGAUUUCAGGUUCAUUGAUCUUAAUAGUUAUGUUGCUGAUAAUGGAACUGUAGCAGGUUGCCCUGAGAAGAAGGGUUUUUGUUUGUCCAAUCCUUGUAGUCAUGGCGCAACAUGCACAGAAGGCUGGGGAACCUACCUGUGCGAAUGUUUGGAAGGCUGGAGUGACAAGGAUUGUAGCCAAGCAAUCAAGCCCCCUUGGCGGUUUCAAGGUGAUGGAGUGCUGUCAUUCAAUCCCUUACUGCGGCCAAUUCAGCUUCCAUGGCUUAAUGCUUUGUCAGUAAGAACUAUGCAGAGAGAUGCAUUUCUUAUGAGCAUUCAAGUUGGACAGAACAGUUCUGCUGUACUUUCUCUGGUGAAUGGGCAGAUACAAUAUAGCUAUAAUGGAGAGUCUAUGAUGCUGCCAAAUGGGUUUGUUUCUGAUGGACGCUGGCACCACAUUGAGGUGAAGUGGAUGAGUGGGGAAUUGUGGAUUAACCUUGAUUAUGGUCAACGGGAAGCUACAUCUCCAGCAACCAAUAAGCUUCAGGGAUUAUAUGUUGGCAAGAUCCUGAUUGGUGGCCCUGAUGCAUCUGUGGGUAGUUUGAAUGCAGAUUAUGGCUACUUUGAAGGCUGCAUACAGGAUGUUCGUGUGGGAACUCCACAGUCUGCAUUGCAGCGUCCAACAGUGAAGGAGAAUGUGGCAGAAGGCUGUAGUGUUGUGGAUCAAUGCAGACAACAUGUUCCAGAUAAGUGUCCUGUUCACAGCAAGUGUGUUCCAGACUGGGAGCAAUAUCACUGUAACUGUGAUACAGGUUAUGUUGGUCCUUCAUGCAUUGGUGUGUGUGAGGUGAAUCCAUGUUCUAAUGGCGCUCGUUGUGUUGAAAAUCCUCUUGGUAAACGAGGCUACAGCUGCAAAUGCAAUUCCAGUGAAUAUUCAGGUGAAUACUGUGAAGUGAAGGUGGACCAGCCGUGCCCUAGUAGCUGGUGGGGUUAUCCUGUGUGUGGGCCAUGCCAUUGUGACGUUGACAAGGGUUACAAUGCUGAUUGCAACAAGACCACAGGGGAAUGCUAUUGCAAGGAGAACCACUUCCAACCUCCUGAUACAGACAGUUGCUUUGACUGUGAGUGCUAUGCUACUGGGUCAUAUGGCAAUCAGUGCGAUCCAAUUACGGGACAGUGUCGCUGUCGGAAUGGUGUGAUUGGUCGACGAUGUGAUUCGUGCCCAAAUACAUAUGCUGAGGUUACUCUUCGAGGUUGUGAGGUUGUAUAUGACGGCUGUCCACGCAGUUUCUCACAUGGCUUGUGGUGGGAGCGAACACUGUUUGGAAAGAUAGCGCUAGAAUCAUGCCCAAGUCACUCACAGGGCAAGGCAUCAAGAGCAUGUGAUGAGACACUGGGUGGCUGGCAGGAACCUGAUCUCUUCAACUGUACAUCAGAUCCAUUCCUAGAUCUACGUAAAGUUCUUGGUCAGCUUGAAACUGGAGAUCUUCAUGUGACAACAUUUGUAGCAGUGAAAGUGGCCUCAGAUCUGCGUAGAGCUACCAGUAUAACUUCUGUUCUGCAUGGGGCUGAUUUGCUAAUAUCACAAGAGCUUCUUAGGGAACUUAUGAGCUAUGAGUGUGGUGAGAAGGGACUAAACCUUACACACAGUCAAGACAAGGAUUAUAUCCAGAACAUAGUUCAAACUGCCAGCAGUAUUCUUGAUAUGAAGUACAAGGACCACUGGGACAGAAUUACGGAUCUGACUGGAGAAACGGCGGAAGAUCUAGUAUUGUCAUUUGACAGGUACAUUGCAACUCUUGCUCAAAGCCAGGAGGAUACAUACACCAGUCCCUUUGAAGUUGUAGCAGACAGUAUGGUACUGGGAUUGGAUGUUGUGACAUCUGAGAGUCUGUUUGGUUACGAGUCAACCAGUAAAGACGUGUUGGCUGUAGUCGCUGGACCAGACGUCUCUGGGGAGCAAAUUGUAUUACCAGAUACUUCCCAGUUUCUUCAGCCUUCGGUCCAGCUGUCUGCACCUAUGGUUUUAGGAAUGGGAUCCAGAACAUUCACAGGAGCAAUUCAGAACAGUCCAAUGGUUGCAUUUCCAAAAUAUAAUAAUUACAUGCUUGACAGGAACAAGUUUGAUGUUAGCUCAAGAGUUCUAGUCCCUUUACACCUCUUGGGUAUAAAGUCCUUGCAGCAAGGUGAACUUAUAACUAAGCACAGUUUGAAAGGGAGUGGUAAAGCAGUUCUUAGUUAUACUCACUACAGAACAGCUGGUUCACUCCUGCCAGAACGUUACGAUGAGACUGUCAGCCAACGUUGGGGCAUUGAACUUCGUGUUGGCUCCCCUGUCAUAUCAUUGGCCGUUCUUGUACCAGUAGAAGAGGGAGAAUUUGCUGAAGAUCCAAAGAAGUACAAGCUCCUGACAGACAGUGGUGUUCUGCCUAUGCCAGUCUUGUUACGCCUGUGGUUACACAGUGACCUGCAACCACUGUCACCAAGAUCCAACCCACAGUGUGUUCAUUGGAGCACUGCCAGAGGGUUUGGAGAAUGGUCUCGGGCAGGGUGUCAAACAGAAGUGCCUGAUGAUUGGCAUAUGUCUGUCACAAAACCAUUCCUAGUCAACUGUACCUGUAACCAUCUGUCUACAUUUGCAGUGUUGGUAGAUCUGGUUGACAUGCAGUACAUUCCUGAUCCAAGUUUAUCUGAAGAUGUUGUGACGUACGGAGCAUUUUGCCUAGCACUCCCAUUGCUCUUAGCAACACUUCUUAUUCUCGUACUGAUACGUGGUGUUGAGACUAAUUCUAAUUCCAUACAUAAGAAUGUGGUGGCAUGUGUGUUUCUGGCUGAGUUGGUGUUUUUCAUAGCACUGAAAGCCAGGAAGACCCUGGUGCUACAUGAGUUUCCUUGCAAGAUGUCAGCCAUAUGCCUACACUACCUCUGGCUCACAGCCUUCACAUGGACUCUCGUGGACUCAAUACAUUUGUAUCGCAUGCUCACAGAGAUGCGAGACAUCAACCAUGGUCCCAUGAGAUUUUACUACACAAUGGGCUAUGGACUACCUGCUGUGGUUCUCGGCCUGUCAGUAGGUGUUCGUGCGGAUCAGUAUGGAAACUUUUACUUUUGCUGGCUGUCUAUCUAUGAAUCUGUAGUGUGGAGUCUAAUUGGUCCAGUGUGUGCAGUUGUGCUACUGAACCUUGGAGUGCUGGUUUUCUCUGUUCGGGCUGCAUUUACCCUCAAAGAUCAUGUGAUGGGGUUUGGGAAUCUCAGGACACUGCUGUGGUUGUCAGUAGUUUCACUACCACUUCUUGGCGUGGCGUGGGUUCUGGCAGUUUUAUCAGUUAGUGAGAGGCUGCCUCUUCUGUCUUAUCUUUUGUCAGUAGCAGUUCUUGCACAUGCCAUGUUUGCUCUUAUUGGUUACUGUUUCCUGAACACACGAGUUAGGCGCAAUCUCUAUGUGUCAUUGCUGCGCUGCAUUGGUAGAAAAGUUCCACUGGACUCAUCUGAAGUGACUACAGGAGGUACAAGCAGCUACAGUCACCAAGGUGGUGCUGCCGGCCAACAGCAUUCGCGCUCAGCUCUGGCAUAUCACAGUGGUGGCACUAGCAUGGACCCAUCACGUCGACAUGUUGGAAUUUCAGCGUCCAGCACCACGAGUCGUUCAACCACGAAGACAAGCAGCAGUCCAUACAGAAGUGACACACAGCUGCGUAACACUUCCACUAGCACUAGCAACUAUAAUUCAACUAGUGACAUGCCGUCCUAUAUCCGAGGCUUUGAUUCAGCACUCCACAGACACAGAGAAGUGUCAGAGGAGAGUCCAACAAGAGCACGUCGCCAGGAGUCUGAUUCCGACUCAGAAGUGUCAGUAGAUGGCCGCAGUCUGGAGCUGGCCUCCAGUCACAGCAGUGAUGAUGAUGAAUCUUCCAACAGACAUCAGCAUAGAGAUGUUGGGGUUUCAACUAUGGGAGCACCGUCUUACCUUCCUAAUAUCUGUGAAGAUCCUUUGGGUAAUGGCAGAGUUUCUUCUCCACAUUUAAAUCACAGUCGAGGACCUCCACCAACAAUUCAGCCCCCUCCUUCCUUAAAUAUUAUUAGUAACAGUCAACUAUUUCCAAAUCUCAAACCUAUUUAUGCGCCAAGGUGGUCAAGUCAGCUACCUGAAGCAUAUCUCCCUACUAACAUGAUGGAAACUGGUUUGAGAGGGAGCCAGUGGUCGGGAACUGCCUCAGAUAAUGAAACUUCACCCAAUCCUCUACCUCCUCUGACAGAGAGUCACCAAACAUCGCCACACCUCCCUCAUAAAAUGGUUGCUGAUCAAGAAAACUUUCAUGACCUUGGUGACCAGUGUUCUGAAACUGAGGAGAAAAUUCAUCUUGGAGACAAAUACUUGUUUCCAUACACAGCUGAAGAGGACCACUGUGGGUCAGGAGGCUACAUUCUUCCAUCGUUACCUGGUCGAAUUCUUGCUGCUUCAUCCAGUGAGUUAUCGGCAAUGCGGGCACGAUCGUCACCCAGUCCGUUGCUACUUGCGGCAAAUGCUGCCGCUGCAAGCAACAUAUUAGUGCCACCCAUGAUUGCCACCAGCAUCUCUGAAUCAGAGAAAGAUAUGAAUGAAACUCCAGUAUGAUUAGAGUGACAGCUUCCUUCAGACAACAGCAGUGUAAGAUGUGUUUUUGAAGAGGAUUUCUUCAUUGUGCUCAAAGUGGAGUAGAGGCAAAAUAUGUGUUGUGAACAUGAAAAUCUGAUCGUUUUAAACCAAAUGCCUGAUGCUCAGUUUUGAUAAAUGUAAGUAUAUGUAUCUCCUAUAUAUUGUACUUAAUCAUUAGAAAUUUGUUAUUUUUCUUUCACAUU